UGCUCCUGCUUUGACAUUUGCGACGUAAUUCAUACAGUUUGAGUUAUUUGUUGAUUUCAGAAAAUUAUUCUCAUUUUGACUACCGCGAAAAGACGCAGUAGGAGUGGGUCUCGGCGCGUAAGGUACCUUAAAUGAGUGGCUGACGUCACAAGACGACGUAACUCCUCCUAUCACAUCCGAGAAGAUCGUCUCUUAAGAAGCUCUUCACCUACACCUCUUCUGACCAAAAAGCGGACGCCGCGGGGUGUCUGGUUCAUGCCAAAACUGGGGGAACAGAUUGGCCAUCGGCACACUUCCACGCGAAGCGUCACUGUUUUCGCCACAAUCAUUGGUUAUCGGAUGGACCAGCAUCCCAGCGCCCGGAGCUGCACCAGCCGCGGUGCUUCGUCGUCGUCGUCGUCGUGCGAGGCCACCGCCCCCGCCGAGCCCUCCAUGAACCUGCACAUACACUCCACCACCGGCACACGCUUUGAGCUCUCGCUGCCCCAGGAGGAGACCGUGGACGGGCUGAAGAGGAGGCUGUCGCAGCGGCUUAAAGUACCCAAAGAGAGGCUCGCCUUGCUGUACAAAGAAACGAGACUAAAUUCAGGCAAACUUCAGGAUCUCGGCAUCUCCGAUGGGAGCAAAUUAACACUCGUACCAACCGUCGAAGCAGGAUUAAUGUCUCAAGCGUCAAGACCCGAGCAGUCCGUAAUGCAAGCCUUGGAGAGCUUGACCGAAACUCAGGUCAGUGACUUCCUGUCCGGCCGCUCCCCCCUCACCCUGGCGCUGCGUGUAGGCGAUCACAUGAUGUUCGUCCAGCUCCAGUUGGCGGCACAGCAGUCAGGCGGCCCGCAGCUCCAGCAUCGGCACCUUAUCACCCGCGGGAACUCGGACGCCGCGGCCAGCCCGCCCACAGGACAGCUGUGCGCCCCCCUCCCACACUCCGCCCAUCACCCACACCCCACGCCCUCUUCCCCGAGUACCUUCCCCCUUCCAUCGACACACCAGCAGCCGCUCCCCGCCAUGUACCACCAGUCCACCUCCUCCAGUCCACACUGCAGCACCGCCACCCCUCCACCGCCUCCUUCUCACUCGCCGCGCCAGGCGUACGCUUUCCGCUCUCCUUCCCAUCACCUUCGCCAUCAUCACCAUCACUAUCACCAGCCUUCUUUAGGCCAGCCCAGCCACGACGUCGGCCGGGCCAGCCCUGUAGCCCCCGUUUUGUGCCCCGAGGCCAACUGCAGCACCAACAGCCCUACUACUGGCACCAAUUCAUCAGCACGCUCCCGUAAACCUGGCGCCAUAAUUGAGAGCUUUGUUAACCACGCCCCCGGAGUCUUUUCAGGGACCUUUUCAGGCACUUUGCAUCCAAACUGCCAGGACAGCAACGGACGUCCCAGACGGGAUAUAGGUACUAUCCUUCAGAUCCUCAACGACCUUCUGAGCGCUACGCGCCACUACCAGGGCAUGCCCCCGUCCCUCACCCAGCUCCGUUACCAAACCCAGUGUGGCACACCUAACUCGCCGUCCCCGUCACCACCGCCUCCUUCGCCCCCGGUCGCCGGCAUAACGGGCCUCUCCGCCAAAGCUACCUCGAUACCUGCUGGCGCCCCCGCCAGCCCCGCAGUGACUCUUCAUCCACUGGUUCAGAGCCAGAUCCGCAUGUGCAAGCCACCCGGUGACCGGGUCCGUCAAACGGAGAACCGCGCCACCCGCUGCAAGGUGGAGCGCCUGCAGCUGCUGAUGCAGCAGAAGCGCCUGCGCCGGAAGGCCCGGCGGGACCAGCGCGGCCCCUACCACUGGCUGCCCAACCGCAAGGCGGGGCGCAGCAACAGCAACAGCAGCAUGUCCAGCGAGGGCUCCCUGGACCUGGACUUUGACGACUCCGUGUGGAAGCCCGACGUCACGGCCGACCUGAAGUCCGAGUUCGUCAUGGCCUGAGAGGGAAGAGUCAAACUAACGGGAUUACACGUGGCAGGAUGAUGGACCAUGACUCACACUUGUAGACCGAAAUCCUUGGACUGGAACCAGACUCCUCUAGUAAGGUCUCAAAAUACCAUUGGUUGGUGGUGGUAUUUGUACUUUUUGUUGAUAAAGCGCACUCUGGACAAGGACCAAGAGCUCCAUGCUGGACUUCUGGACACAAGCACCAGGUGCCUCAGUGUUCUCCUGGAGAAAAAAAAUAAAAAAACCCAAGAAACUUUUAUCGGGUUAUCCGUGGCGGGCAUUCUCACAAACUCAUUAAGCAGCAGCAGCAGCAGCAGUCCGGUUCUGACCUGUUACAGGGUGGUUCAACUUCUUUUUGUUGUUGUUGUUGUUGUUGUUGUUGAUGUCGUUGCUGUUGUUCUUUUUUCUGUUUGGAAACAUAACUAUUUUAUAAAAGAAUACAAAUGUAGCAUUGUUCACCAAGCAUUCAGGUUUUCAUGUAGAACAGUUCAAUGUGGAUUUUGCACAUGAUCUUUGGAUUUCUGAACAGUGCGCAGAAAGGAGGCGGGGCCUAAUAUGGACAUAUUGAUCAACCUCGGCGACAUAGGGCGGGGUUUCCCAAACUUUGUCCGUCCAUCUAUUUUCUAGCGCUCGUCCCCUUCGUAUCAUACAUUGACAUACAGUAUUACACCUUUUCCUUUUUCAGAAAUGUGGUACAUGUUGAACCAGGGGUCCCCAAACUACAGCCCGCCAACGUCCAAAAUCCGGUCCGAAGUAAAAAAUGUCUUGUAUUUUUUUUGUGUAUAUAUAUAUAUAUAUAUAUAUAUAUAUAUAUAUAUAUAUAUAUGUAUAUAUAUAUAUUGAUAUAUAUCCAUCCAUCCAUCCUCUUCUGCUUAUCGGAGGUCGGGUUGCGGGGGCAGCAGCCUAAGCCGGGAAGCCCAGACUUCCCUCUCCCCAGCCACUUUGUCUAGCUCUUCCCGGGGGAUCCCGAGGCGUUCCCAGGCAAGCCGGGAGACAUAGUCUUCCCAACGUGUCCCGGGUCUUCCCCGUGGCCUCCUACCGGUUGGAUGUGCCCUAUGUAUAAUAUAUAUAUAUAUAUCCAUCCAUCCAUCGUCAUCCGCUUAUCCGAGGUCGGGUCGCGGGGGCAGCAGCCUAAGCCGGGAAGCCCAGACUUCUCUCCCCAGCCAUUUUGUCCAGCUCCUCCCGGGGGAUCCCGAGGCGUUUCCAUGACACUAAAUACAUUAUAUCAGGAAAAAACACAGAGGCUAUCUCAUCAAUACAAACCUGUUUGGCAGGUUUCUCUGCUCUUCAGGGGAUUUUUUGUUUUUUACUCUUCUGAAGAGCAGAGAAACCCGCAAAACAGGCUCGUAGGGAUUAAAUAGCCCUCUUCGGGGAUAAAAAAAAAAAUCCCCCUUAAAACCAGAGAAAACUGCGAAUUAGGGUUGUAUGGAUAAAAUAGUUCUCUUCAGGGUAUAUGAAAAAAAAAUCCCUUGAAGAGCAGAGAGACUUGCGAAACAGGCUUGCAGGGAUGAAAUUGCCCUAUUCAGGGGAAUUUUUUAAAAAUCCUCUGAAGAGAAGAAAAAUCUGUAAAACAGGCUUGCAGAAAUGAAAUAAUUCUAUUCAGGGGAUUUAAAUAAAAAUCCCCUGAAGAGCAGAGAAAUGUGUGAAGCAUGCUUGUAGGGAUAAAAUAGCCCUCUUCAGGGGAUUAAAAAAAAAAUCCCCUGAAGAGCAGACAAACUCGCAAAACAGGCUUGUAGGGAUGAAAUAACCAAUUUCAGGGGAUAAGAAAAAAAAAUCCCCUGAAGAGCUAAGAAACCUGCGAAACAAGCUUGUAGGGAUGAAGUAGCCUCUGUGUUUUUUCCUCCCCUAACGUAUAUUCCGCUCUACCCCGGUAUUGAGCACUGCAUAACGGAUAAAUCACAGAAACCUUGACUAUAUAUAUAUAUAUAUAUUGUGUUGUUUUUUUUUUGUUUUUUUUUAACCCAAUUCGGCCUCUGAGUCAAAAAGUUUGGGGACCCCUGUGUAAACCCUAUCAGUGUUUGCUGAGAAAUGGAGACAGGAUAUGAUGAAAUAAAACCGUCUUCUUCCUACCUCUUUUCGGUCAGGUGGUGCAAAUCUCAUGCACAACCUGUUUUUAAGUUCCAAACAACUAAAUUACCAAAAACCGUAUAUCAUUAAAUGAUUACAAACACAAAAUAUGUACUUUCACUACAACCAUCAAUCAAAUUGGCAACUCAAAAAGUCAAGUUUGGGAAACCCUGUCCGGUAUUAUAGAUUAUUAACAGAAAGUGCUUUAAAGGGGACUUUACACUCAAAAAAAUAUGACAUUUAAUAUGAGAAGAAAAAAAUCUAUUUUACUUCUAUUCUGCUGUUUUCCAAAAGCAGCAACUAGUAUGAUAAACAUCCAUUGAUGAUGCGUGGCUCCUGAAUCUUAGUGACUCAUAGAUUGUGUACAGUACAUACUUGUGACAAUUGGCAAAGAUUUAUUAUUAUUAUUGCUAGGGCGUUUGGUGAUGUACAUUAAGUUGGAAUGCCCCCCAGCCUCCCAAAAGCAUUUUUAUCACCAAUUAAAUCCUUUUAGCGAUGAUGAUAUGACAUGUGAUCAGUUACCUAGUGCCUCCACCGGGACAAUGCAUGAACAUAUCAGGUUCAGCCCUUUUUUCAGUUUUUUUUUUUUGCUGCUACACACUUGGAAAAAUGACAGGAAAAAACAAAAACAAGAGGUGCAUGUUUUUUUUCUGGGAUGGAAUGGAGAAAUAAAGAGUAGAACAUGCAUGAAUUUCUGAAGAAUAUUGAGGAAAAAAAACUAUGCUGCUGUUUUGUCAGUAGGGUUUUUUUUUUUUUUUUUGUAAUUUUUAUUUGUGUACGUGUGGAUGGAAAAACAAAAACGACGGAUGGAGUUGAGAACAUUCCUGUCGUGGGACUUCUUCGCCCUUAAAACGCACCAAUGUUGCGCCGCCCCUCCCCCGCCCACAAUUGCACUCCCAAGAGAUUGCAUUGAGAGAUUAAUUGUUUUUUUGGUGACUUUUUCUCUUUUUUUUUUUUCAUUUAAGUGGCCUUACCUUUCACGAAAAAAUGGAGACAAAAUGUCUUUUUCUGUUUCGGAUUUGUCAUCAAGGAACCAUUUUUUUCUGUCGGGGGGCAUCUGUUGCUUGAGUGCUUACUAGCAGGUGGAGUCUCUAUUAUGUCAAAGGCUUCUGUGCCUUAAAAAUGUUGCCCUCACCAAGUAUUUUUUUUCGUUAUCCCACGCACACGACUGUUCGUCGCCGAUCCACUAACAUCUGGAUGUGCCCCCACCUCACUUUUUCUCCUUCACGGCUGAAAAAAAAAAACUAUUAAAAAAAGGUCACCGUAGAGGUCCUAUGAGGACAACAUGCACUUCCUGCCCCCCGUCCCUCAACUUUACAAAAAAGGACAAUUGACCCUGACCCCUUCUAUUUAUUUCUUUUCUAUAUCAGCUAUACUGUCUGUGUGCCUCACUUCUGUAUGAAAUUGACAAAAAAAAAAAAAAAAAAAGAGAGAAGACGGAUCACAAGUUUAAGUUCCUUCUCGUAGCUAACUUUUAAAAACCGAACCGGAUCCAAGAAUACGAUUUUACCGAUGUUUCUAGCUCUAGACCGGUGUAGCACAUGUGUGACUGUAUUAAUUUAUGAAACCAAAAUGGUAACUGUGAAUUAUGUAUUUUCUUUGUUGCAUUUUUUUUUUUUUAAGUUGGGGGGCAAAAAAAAAUAAGAAAAAGCAGCAGCUCUUUGCUUGUUUCUGGAUUAUUAUUUUUUUUGUGGAAAUACACAUAAAGAAAACAGAAAAAAAAAAGGAAAAUAUAUACGAAUAUAUUUUUUUCUUAAGCAAUACAUUUCAGUGUGACUUGUGAUAGAACAUUUUCUUUUUUUUUAGGUAAUAAAUGAAAAAAGAGCCAAAAUGAGAACACAA